AAAACAUAGCUGCGGAGCGGCCGGCAGCGGGAGAGAAGUUACCGCUUCUCCUGCUUUCGCUCAACAAACGACAGGCGAUUCCUGGAGCAAGCCGUCCUCCAUCAUGAAAGUCUUGGAUCGACACUGAGCACGCUCCGUGUUCUACAAGCCGCCAGCUAUCGGCCGUUCGAACCAUGCCUGAAGAUUAGAGCCGCUCUCCUCGCCCACGACCCGCGACCUCCCCGAUCCUGUCCUCCCCCCCCUCCCCCAGAUCAUCGGCCCCUCCGAGACGCACCGGGACCAUGCCCCUGCACCCGAGAACGGCCCCCACCUAGUCCCCAUGCGUCCCGUGAGCGGAGAUUCGUCCGGCGCCGCCCCUCCUCCUCCCGAGAGCGUAUCGUCCCUGGGCUCGCUGCCCCCGUCCGACAUGUCCCUUCUUCAGAGCCUGGACCCGGUGCAGAGCUGGCUGGGCCAGGAGCUGGAGAAAUGCGGCAUCGACGCCAUGAUCUACACCCGAUACGUCCUCAGUCUCCUGCUGCACGACAGCUACGACUACGACCUGCAGGACCAGGAGAACGACAUCUUCCUGGGUUGGGAGAAGGGAGCCGGGAAGAAAUGGGGGAAGAGCAGGAGGAAAGGAGGGACGGACCUGAGUCUGGAGGAGAUGAAGAAGCAAGCCGCCGUGCAGUGCCUGCGUUCUGCUUCUGAUGAGAACUCCGGAAUCGAAAGCUUGGUUGAGGAGCUUUGCUCCAAGCUCAAGGACAUUCAGAACAAGCAAAAAGAAAAAGAAAAGCAAGCAACAAAGAAAUCUGAUGAAUCUCGGUCUCCUGAAUUAGCUGAAUCACCUUCUUCUAAAGACCAGGUGGAAAUGUACUACGAAGCCUUUCCACCUCUGUCAGAGAAACCCGUCUGUCUUCAGGAGAUCAUGACCGUGUGGAACAAGGCUAAAGCGUGCACCUCGUCCGCUGCUCCUCAAACAAGCGCCGACCCCUUCUCCCCGAAAGACUGCACCAGCGAAGGCGAAGUCUUCAGGGACAGAGCGCCCAAUUCGACGGCCGAAAAGGCUCAGCAGCGGCGCAGCAAGAAAGAAAAGGAGAACCGAUACCACGCCGGUGCGACCGGGGCUUGCGGCGAACAGCCCGCUUCUCAAAACAAGAAGCAGACUAGGAACCGAUCCGAUCUGGGCCACCGUCCCCGUUCCUGGUCCUCCGGCUCCAGCGAGGGCGGGUCGAGCUCCAGCGGGAACGCGGGCGACGUCAAAUCCUCGAAAGGAGCCCGGGUCAGGAACAGGUCUCGCGAAGUGGGCAGCAGGAGCAAGAAAGGAAGGAACAACGGGCAGGUCAAGUUGGCUCUAAAGGCCAUCGAGAAGGAAGAGCGCAGAAACGAAGGCGCGUCGAAGCAGCACUACACGAAGAAAGGCAAGAAGCCGUUCAGGGAGCUUCGUAAAGAUCCCGGCUGGGCCGACCUGAACGAGUCCGGAGAAGAACCCGGUAACAAUAAGGAAUACAUGGAAGAGCCUCUUUGGUACACUGAGCCUAUCUCUGAGUAUUUCGUCCCCUUCAGCUGGAGCAAACUGGAGACGAAGUACCGAAGCAAACCAGACUCUCCCAGCGAACUGUCGACACCCAUGAACACGGACGGUCCGUCGAGGGUGCAAGGCAUCUGCCUCGCCGACUUUUCCUUUCAAAGGGCGUACCUCGCAGCGGGUACUUUCGUGGACGGGCACUUCGUGGAGGCGCCCGACGAAGACGCGGAGGAGGAGGUCGCCGGACUGAACGGGACCUCGAGCUGCCCUCUCCCGGAGGAUUGUAAAGAUUUAGAUGACGAGCAUCUGUCCGAAUUCACUCACUUCUAUGAAGUCGAUAUUUAUCAAUCCAUAUUGGAUCCCAGUGCCUCGGACGCGGUAACAGAGAGUCGCAUCUUGAACAUAAUUCGGCAAAAAAGCAGCGAGCCGAGAGACCCCGAGGCAGGGUGUCGAAUAGUCCUAGACGGCUUCGAGCUACAGGGAGAAAGUGCAAUAAGGGUGGAGUCUGCGGGAGCUCCGGGGGACGACGUGAUCCUUACACAGGACAUGGAAAACAUCGCUCAGAUUGCUGAGUGCUGCUUAUCGUCCGGUUCCGAGAACCUAGAGCGAGAGAGCUGUUCAGACUCCCCAGUCAGGUUCUCGCCGGUGUUUGGGGGAGUACCGUUCAACGCGAGCUUGCUUCCCGGCGCCUUCGACGAGCCUCACCUCCAAGACCCCAACGAAAGCACGCCGACCCUAAACCCCUGCUUCUCGCUCUUCGAGCUGCGAUGCGAAAGCUCCCCCCUCAGCGCCUUCACCUUUCCCGGCGACUCCCUCGCGUCGAACGCAGAUCCGAGCGGCACUCUAGAUCCGCUCGGAAUCAAACAGUCUCGCUUGCUAAUCUGGACCAAAAACAGUGCCUUCGAAGAGAGCGAACACUGCUCGAACCUGUCGACGAGAACCUGCAGUCCGUGGUCGCACUCCGAGGAGACGCGCUCGGACAUCGAGCAGACCGCCGGCCAGGCGGACGAGUCGGCUCAGGUCGGCGGCGAAGACGUCGGCUGCGCGAUCCCUCGGAUCCCGGCCUCGUACCUGGAGGAGGAGUUCCUGGAUUUCUUGCAGGAGGGUCCAAGUAACCAGCAAGACGAUUUAAAUCUAGGCGCGGUGUCCAGUCAGAACCCUAACAAGGUCUCUAAACUGGAGUCCAUCUGCGGCAUUGCUCUAGAGCAGGACGACGGGGAGCAGUACAACCCGGUCUCGUUUCCAGACGACACCGGUCAACAAAGCGAAGAUUACAGCUCAGGAAUGAUCAAAGAUAUCUGGACGGCCAUCGGGGAACGCGACAGCGUCGACAAAGCGGAGGAUCGCUUGUUUUCGGAGGAGGCGCCCGGCUACCAGUGUGGCCGUGGCGAUAGCGAGAUAAAAGAGCCCAUUCAGAAGAAAGCCGUGCAGAGGUCCGAGUAUCACUUGUGGGAGGGUCAGAACGAGGCCAAAAAAGUCAGUAAGGUCGACGGAGGCGACUACGCGACGCCCGCCAGGCCUUGGAACGCCGAGUCGGACAAGGAGAGCACGUCGUUUAUUCUCGGAGGAGUGUACGGGGAGCUGAAGAACCUAAGCGGUGACAAGGAGUGGACCGUGGAUCCACCCAUCAACUCCUGCGGGAAUCUGCUGCAGUGCGCGUCGGCGUCCUCGUCCGAUGUGGUCACCAUCGCAGGCACGGAUGUGUUCAUGAACACGGCUAGUUGCUUCGCUCCCGGCCACAAACCAUUGUGGAGACCUUUGGUAUCGUUUGGGCAGAACGGCCAAGCUGCCAAAGGAGCCGGGGAAGGACUGAACCGGGGGUUUUCUUUUAUCUUCCAUGAAGAUUUACUCGGAUCUUGUGGCGGCUACCGCGGGGACGAGCAGGGACUCGAUUAUACGUUCUCGUCCUUGGACCUGAACAACCCUUUCUCCCAAGUCUUGCAUGUCGAGUGCUCAUUCGAACCCGAGGACAUGGCCUCGUUCAGUCCAGGAUUCAAGCCCAAGUCCAUCUUGUGCUCCGAUUCGGACGCCGAGCCCUUCAGCCCACGGUUUUACGGCAUCAACCACACCCAGUACCGGGCCAUCCGCAUAUCCCCGAGGACUCACUUCCGCCCGAUCUCCACCUCCGAACUUUCUCCGGGUUGGUGCAGCGCGUCGGACGCCGAGUCCGAAAAAGAGGAACUGAGUCUUCCCGUUUCCGAUCAGACGGACGUCUUCGACGACCCGCAGGCCGACCUCAAGCCCCUGGAAGAGGACGCGGAGUGCGAGGGUCCUUAUUACGGCAAGUCCGAACUGGAAUCCGGGAAAUUCCUACCCAGGUUGAAGAAGUCGGGCAUGGAGAAGAGUGCCCAGACCUCGCUGGAUUCACAGGAAGGUGGUGGCACCUCCCUGCCAGCUUCCGUGGAACCUGAGAUUUGCUUAGACUGUGAAAACGCAGGAGUGCCCACGGCUGGGUCGGCGGCUGGGUCGGCGGCUGGGUCGGCAGCGAGCUCUUACGUCGAGGCGCCUCCGGAUACCCUUCAGAAAGAGGAGUCCUGCCCCGAAAGAGAGGCUUGCCGGUGUGCAGGGGUGGGGCAGCUUCUGGAAUUUGGGAAAUCGUAUGACGUGGUUGAAGAUUUGCAUGAGUUUCCCCUGUUGAGUUUUGGAGAAGGGGGUGUGACGAGUACCCAGCUGGAGGACUGCUGGUGGCAGAACACCUUCUGUUCCUCCAUGUUCUCAGGAUCUCGCUGCACUGAGAGCAGUAACAUAUGAACUCACUGCUCAGCGCAGAGGAACCUGAUCUUUACAUUCAACCCAGAGGAGGAGGAGGAGGAUCUUCAUCACUCAGUACAGCAGACCUCUUCACCUGACCUCACAUCUUUAUUUGUGUUUUUUUUUUUUUUUCUUUACCCCGGCCCCGCCCUCCAGCGGGCCCCGCCCUCUAUAGUCACAGCCGAGUGAGCGGAGGGCGAGUGGAUUAUCUGAGUGAGGGUCUGUUUAUCAUUAUCCAUCAGUUUGAAGUGUGUGUGUGUGUGUGUGUGUGUGUGUGUGUGUGUCGGUGAUGAGCGUUUCCUUUCGAAGCCCCUCGAAGUUUCUUUUCUGUCUGUUUUUUUACGCCCUGGCGUCGCGCUAGCGUCACUCCUCAACCGUUACGACGAUGAUGAUUAGCGAGGGGGGAAUAAAACACAACCCAGACUGCAUCAGCUCACCACUCUUCCACCAGCAGUUCCUCUUCUCCUGGACGAGCGCUUCACGCUCUCCCAUUUUACGCUGAGGUUAAAAUAGGAAGUCGUUUGAUUCGUCUGACGGAGCGUUUUCCCCCCCAAGGGAGCAAAACAUUGAAAUAAAUGAACGCCGCGAUUACAGGAUGUGUGUUUAGAAAUUAAAUAUAGUUUUUGAUAAUUAAUAAUUCUUUAUGGAGCGUUCUUCUCCUCUUCUUUCUUUGGUCGUCGCUGCCACCCCCACCCCGAUCGUGGAGGGCUGAGGCUGUCCCUCAUUUUACCUGCUGGGGGCGUGGUCUUACCUCGACCAGCCAGCAGAGGUCGCACUUGCACCGGCGACGAGGAACCCUGUUUCAGCCGUCGUCCCUCCCCCUACAGCCACCGCUAUAGUCAUGUCUCUGAUGAGUCAGAUUGGGGUUCUGAUGGCACAGUUUGAGUUCUGACGAGUCAGAGUCAGGUUCUGAUGAGUCAGACUGUUGUUCCAUUAGCACAGUUUACACAGUUUAAAUUCUGAUGAGUCAGAGUCAGGUUCUGAUGAGUCAGGUUCUGAUGAGUCAGGUUCUGAUGAGUCAGGUUCUGAUGAGUCAGAUUAUGUUUCUGUUAGCACAGUUGGAGUUCUGAUGAGUCAGAUUCUACUUCCGAUAGCACAGUUUGAGUUCUGAUGAGUCAGAUUCUGGUUCUGAUGGCACAGAUGUUCUGAUGAGUCAGAUUCUGGUUCUGAUGGCACAGAUGUUCUGAUGAGUCAGAUUCUGGUUCUGAUGGCACAGAUGUUCUGAUGAGUCAGAUUCUGGUUCUGAUGAGUCAGAUUCUGUUUCUGAUGGCACAGAUGUUCUGAUGAGUCAGAUUCUGGUUCUGAUGGCACAGAUGUUCUGAUGAGUCAGAUUCUGGUUCUGAUGGCACAGAUGUUCUGAUGAGUCAGAUUCUGGUUAUGAUGAGUCAGAUUCUGUUUCUGAUGGCACGGUUGUUCUGAUGAGUCAGAUUCUGGUUCUGACGAGUCAGAUUCUGUUUCUGUUAGCACAGUUGGAGUUCUGAUGAAUCAGAUUGUGGUUCCGAUGAGUCAGAUUGUGGUUCCGAUAGCACAGUUUGAGUUCUUAUGAGUCAGAUUGUGGUUCUGUGAAGGGCUGAGACUGUCCCUCAUUUUACCCGCUGGGGGCGUGGUCUCGCCUCGACCAGCCAGCAGAGGUCGCACUUGCACCAGCGACGAGGAACCCUGUUUCAGCCGUCGUCCCUCCCCCUACAGACACAGCCACCGCUAUAGUCGUGUCUCUGUGUGGGCGCCCGACCGGCUCAUAGCAAUGAGAGAACUGAACCAGUUCUGGUGGAAACGGGGACGAAAGCGUCUUUUGCUUCAGUGCGGAAAUGUUUUGUAUUAUUAAUAAUAAAAUAAAAUGGGUUUAAAAUGAUAAAAAUAGAAAUAAAUAAUAAUCGGAGGAACUUCUCUCGCCCGCCUGGACGCUCGGUUUGUGUGCUGGAAAAUGUUCGAGCUUCGUGAUUCAGAAAACUGGUUUUAUUUCUGAACGUUUCCGAGGUGAGAAGAGUUUUGAGUUCAGACUGUCGAUGCUCAUGUUUAAAAAAUAAAAAAAAAGAUAUAAAUCUAUAUAAUUAUUAUAAUUAUUUAUUUUUUAAAGAAGUCUAUACGUGUACAGAACUAGUUAUAGUUAAUAGUUACUAGUUUCAUUUUUUGUUUAUUCCGGUCUUGGCUGAUUGGUGGAGGGCCGAGGCUGUGCAUGUAGCUAGCCACUUCUUUUCCCCUGGCAGGGGCGUGGUCUCACAAGCACCAGUGAUCGACCCUCCUUCUACAGACACUCGGCCAAUCUCUGUAGGCGCCCGACCGGCUGAUAGCACAGCUCUAGCUUGAGAUCUCGGCCCUGGUGCCACCCCAGUGCCCCCCCGGACUAGGACACCAAGACGGAACCGAGUGACCGAUGGUCCGGUCAUCUCUCUGGUGGAUUUUGCGUCCUUAAUCUUCCCCACGUUUUUUAACACUAGGUUCGACGCGAUCAAAAGUAUCUGGACCACGUCUCAUUCCAGAGCCGUCUGCAUUAAUACGGAGCUGAAAGGUGUCUGUGGGGGGAGUUAGCAGUGGCGUCCACAUACUUUCGGCUGAUCGUGUAGCCUGGACAGAAUAGAUAAAGCCGAGUGGCUACGUUUAAUGUAAUAAUAAUAAAAUAAACUUUAUUUAAUAAAAUGUUGAGGUCUAUCAACAUUUCUUCAGAGAAAGCGGACCAACGAUGUCACUGCGUCUAGGGGCCCAAGGGCCUCACCCAGGGGCCCAACAGUGGCGGCUCGGCACAAUCGCGUUUCAUUCGCACUCUGUGCAUGUGGUAGAACGAUGACGCCUGCCGUGUUUUUAUUCGCGAGCCAGUCCACUCCUGCUCUGACCGAGGAGAGCCACACUACGCUCUCAGAGAAUCGCCCACCCCCAGCAGAGGUCGCAUCCUGUAUCGACGUUCGGGAACCCGUUCGACCCUCCCUCUUCCCCUUCAUCAGACACGGACAGGCCGAUAGGACCGCUCUGAUUUUCCGGAGACGCCGCACGGCCUAAAGUAUUCGGACGCCGCUACAACAGCAGCCGCUCGUCCGAGAAGUGUCUGUGUGUGGGAAUUUGUGCCCCGUUCGGUCAGUUUGGCAGACGAGAGAAGCUCCAGUUUGAGUGGUGCUGAGGUCAGGGCUCUGUGCAGGAUGCUGGAGUUUCUUCAUGUCUUUGUAGAGCUCAGAUUCGGUGAUCAGAAAGGGCGUCCCGAUACUUUUGACCACUCGCAGUGACGUCAUUGGUCUGUUUUAUUUUUUUAUGAUUAAAUCUCUGGUAUUACAACUUUUCCUGCGUAACAGCUUCCUUUAAAGAGAAGGUACAUAUAUAUAAAUAUAAAUAAAUAUAUAUAAAUAUAAAAAAAUGUAUUUUUUUAGGUCUGGAAGAGUCUCUGAUUCCGAUUGGCUGUUUUGCAGUGACACGUUUAUUUUUGCAUUAUAAGAGAAGUCCAGGAUUGCGCUUUGGUAGGUGCGUGUGUGUGUGUGUGUAAAAUAAGUAGAUAUUUUGAUUAUAAUGCUAAUAUUUAUCACUACAGUCACCAGCUCGUUAUACCACGACUGUCUGAUACCUGCCGUCUGAGCCGCUCCACCCCUAAAUUAGUGAACGCUUUAGUAUGGGGGUGAGGUUCCAGUUCCUACAUCCCAGUGCAGAAUCCAAACCAAGCGAGACCCUCAUGAGUCGCCCAUUCACCAUCAAUAAUUACACUUAAAUAUCGGACAGCCCUGCACGUUUAUACCAAUGAUCCAGCAUCGGCGCAUUAGUGGAGUUUUUAAGCCUGGUUCACGCUUCAUUUCCAACCGUCUUGACGUGCUGGAUCAGUAUCGGUUUUAUAACGACCCUUGAAUCGGGAUGAAUCGGGACGCACCCCUUCCCUAAAGUCAAAGACUGCACACUUACACCAGUGAUCCAGCACCGGCGCAUUAGUGGAGCGUUUGAGUCUGGUUCUGAUCCAGCACCGGCGCAUUAAUCGAGCGUUUGAGUCUGGUUUAUGCUUCAUUCAAGGGUGCUGGAUCAGUAUCGGUUUUAUAACAACACUUACAUUGGGACGAAUCGGGGCGCCCCCCUUCCCCAAGUCAAAGACUGCAAUGAUCCAGCACCGGCGCAUUAAUCGAGUGUUUAAGUCUGGUUCAUGCUUCAUUCGAAGGUGCUGGAUCAGUAUCGGUUUUAUAAAGACAUUUAAAUCGGGACGCCCCUAAAGUCAAAGACUGCACAUUUACACCAAUGAUCCAGCACCGGCGCAUUAGUGGAGCGUUUGAGGCUGGUUCUGAUCCAGCACCGGCGCAUUAAUCGAGCGUUUGAGUCUGGUUUAUGCUUCAUUCGAAGGUGCUGGAUCAGUAUCGGUUUUAUAACAACACUUACAUUGGGACGAAUCGGGACGCCCCCCUUCCCCAAGUCAAAGACUGCAGUGAUCCAGCACCGGCGCAUUAAUCGAGCGUUCUCGCCUGGUUAGAGCUUCAUUCGAAGGUGGUUGGAAUUUCAUAGCCGAUUGUGCCUUUGUGGACACCCGGCCAGGUCGACAGCACCGCCAGGGUCCAGGAGGUCACAGCCAACUACGUGCUUUAUCAGAACGUCCUGUCCCCUGUGUCGAGGGGGGUACUUGUGGCACACCAGACCCGGCCGCGUUCGAGCACCCGCGCAUCGUCGUUUAGACCCUUAAAGGGAAGAACACUACCACCUCACUACCAGCCUAAGUUUGUGCUCUGUUAAAAUUGGGACGGUUCCGUUUUCUCACCCCGCUUCGUGUCGAGAAUCUUUAGGGGUUGGAACCCCGUCCAGAAUGAAGCGUAAACCAGCGCGACACGUCUUGGCUGAUAUACAGGGGGGGGGGUAUUAAGUGCGUUUAACCCUAGUGCUUGUUUAUUCAAGAAUAAAUAUGAACUCUUGGAUGGUUUCAUUAGUUUUGGGACGCCUGUAGCCUGGAUUUGUUUAGUGAGGGCGCCUCCUGGUGGGUGCAGCGGGUUAAUGCAGGAGAUUGGUCAAUAAAACACUCAGCUACGUUUAUUAUUAAACCUGAACAGACGGUACUCAUAUUUAAAACUGUGAUUAUAAAACAUUAUUAAUGAGUUAUUGUUGUUGUUUUCGGUCUAUACGGCUAAAUAAGAGACCUCGUGAAGCUUAUCGAUCGAUACGCUCGUUAAGACGAGUAAUAUUGUAGUAAUUGGACAUCACAGCCUUGCUCAAAACUCAAAAAAAAAAAAAGUUCAUUAUUUUCUUUUGACGUGUGAGUGAGUGUGUGUUCAUGUCAGUCGUCUAGAAUAAAUCUCUUGGGAGCGUUGAGUGUUAGUAUGGGAUGUUGGGAGACCCUGAUGUAUCUACAUGUGUCGUUUGUGUGUGAGAUUGGAUCAGUAUAUUAGAUUUAAUCAUCUCUUCAUGGGUUUUGUUUUUUUUUUGUUUUUUUUAAUGGUGUGUCGGAAGCGCCGCGCCCUCCCAGUGGAGGAUCCCAGUUUGAAGCACCGAGUUCUGACUUCCGCGUUCGAUUCUCGUCCCUUCCCGUCGUUUAUUUCAGUCCCUUCAUCUCUCGACCCGUGUUCAUCACCUCGCCGCCUCGGUGCCACCAAAACCAAACAUUAAAAAAACCGCGGUAACAUAGAGUUCUAAUUCCAUGUAAAUCUCCAGCAAAAGGCUUCGUUCCAUUGUUGAGUUUCUGAAUCUAAUAAAGGAUUGACUAUUC